AUGGACAUCCAGCAGCUUGAGAGUAUCAAGUCCACCGUCGGGCUCUACCGAUGGAACGGCCAUUUCCUAGAGGGAGCAAAAUUUAUUAACAGCUUACCAAUUGAAACCACAUCCAUGCGGGGCAUUGCAAUUGAGGCUGCUCAGCUUUACUUAGUCCAGGGGCAGUACAAGCUGGCAAAUCAAAUCUGCAAUGAUGCCUCCGGGUCGAUCUUCGAUUGCCUCGACGGCAAUGACCAGCCACCGUCAAGUUGGAACGAAGAGAUUGCAGCUUUUGAGCUCAUGCGAGCCUUCAUUUUGAUUGUAAGAUACUCAAAGCUCACAUCGGCCCUGAAAAUUACACAGCGAGUCGGUGAUGCUUGGCAGCUUGGAGCUGACGAGGAAAUUGCUUCCGGAGAAGCGGCGAUCACAGUUGAGGCAUCCAGAGAUGACGAUUCGUCUGUGCUUCUCAAGCAAGUCCAAGUUCAUACCAUUCACGCAGCAAAAAGAAGAAGUACAUCCUUCUCUGAAUACAAAAUUUUGAUGAAAUUUUACUACUGGAAAAUCCUCGUGGUAGCCGCUGAGCAAGGCUUACUCGAGGAGAAGUUGAUAAAAGCCACCGCUGCUAAGCAAAUUGGCACGCUUCGGCGAAUUCUUCAGUCUGACGGCCGCCUUCGUGAAGCUAGAUUCCUUCUUUACUUCGAAGUCAACGUCAUGAUAGAUGCACGGCUUGCAUUACAGGAACUUGAAGAGUUUCUGCUGGCCGCAGCCGGUGAGAGGUGGAAUGUGGAGAGGGCACUGACUUUGGCGGACAUCGUUGAGUUCAGGCUGAAAUCUGAGGAUGAAGCUGUAAUGGCAAAGGCCGAGGAGGGAUUCGAACAAGCACGCGAAUUAUUCGAAAGGGUUUCCCAUGGAUUCGGCAACAUCGACCUCGACCUGCUUCGACUGUCAUAUAGUCAUGAUAUCUCGGCGGGUGAAAAGUUUGUUGCCAAGACGAAGAUUGCAGAUCGUUACUUUCAAGCUGGUCAUUACCAAAACGGGAUCCGCUGUCUUGUAUUCGCUAUUUCCCCCGAGAUGAUCAUCGACGUCUAUUAUGAGCACGUUGUAAACGCGCUCGAGCUUCUACAAAGAAAGAUAGAUGAGGCGGGUAGUGAAAUCCUAAAACAGCUAUCGCUGAUCCAUUCUAUCGGCCAGGCUUGUCUCAAGGCGCCGGAGUAUGGUUUUGCACUACAGAGUUUGGAGUCCUACUAUGCCAAUGUACCCGCUGAGAUUGGGCCCAAAUACCACAGCUUGAUGUCUUCGCUGCUUUCCAAUGUGUACUCGACUUUCGGCGAACAUGAGAAAUCUCUUCGAGCGGCUACAGAAGGCCUAGAGAUAGCAAAGUCCAUUAUCUCUUACCGCGAUCAAUCAGAUGCAGCAUUCCAAGUCGCCGUUUGCGCCUUCAGAGUCUCGGAGCUGCAUCCGAAGGGGUCAAAGGAGGCAAUAGAGUCUAUUGCGUCCGGAAUUGGAUUGAUGAAGGAAUGGGUCGAGCGAGAUGCACAGGAAGGGUACCACGACGGGGAGGUUCAGAAAUGUCUCCAGAUCGCCGAGUGGGAAAACAUGAGAGCUCUUUUUCACCUAGAGUCGAGCCAGAUCAGUACAUCACCGGCCGAACAGCCGUGGAUAGAGCGUGCUAAGAGAUGUCUCCCGGACUCAGCGGAUGCCAUGGCUCGAAGCAAAAUAGUAGACCUGGAAACCAGAAUGCUUAUCUGCCAAGGAAAAUACGCAGAGUGCUUGCAGAUCUCCGUAGACCACCUCGAAGGCCUGAAGAAUUCUACGUCGAUCCAUCCGAUCACUAAAGCGCAGGCUUACUUGAGAUCAGCCAUCCAGGCUCGGCUGCAGGCCCAGAAUGCGUUCCAUAGAGGCCAGGAACUCGCACCGGAAACGGCGCAGUCGGCACUGAAGCUUGUCUUCACGGCCCUGCAGUUCUCGCACGAAGCGCUAGAGCUCUACAGAAAAACGCAUGGUGCCGAAUUGAUCCUCGAUUGCACCUUGUUCGUCUGGGAUAUGAUCGACUUGAUCACCCAAGGUGAGCCAGAUGCAUCAGGGCAGGCGCUUCUCGUGGCCUUUAUGGAUGAGCUGCGCCGUACUGAGAAAGUGUGCGACGAGAUGAGGCGAAGCGUUGUGCCCAUUGGUCGGCUACAGUCCUUGAGGAACAAGAGAAGCAUUGUUUCGAAACAAGCGAACCUGCGGCUUUAUGGCGUCGGGGUUGCACUGUCGCUGCAGCUCGAUGAUCCUUCGACCGCUUGGCUAUGGCUACAAAAGGGCAAAGCAAGAGCGUUUGCUGACUCACUCGGUGCAAAUGUACUCAUCCCCGAAGAGUUGCUGAAUAGAGUAGCGAAUGACCGGGUCGCAUGCGAGCUUCUUAAGAGGGAACAGGGAGUUCUCGAAGGCCUGCAGGAUCCCCUUAUCAACUUUGUUAUUUCUGCACGAAAGCUGGCCUCGUUGAGAAAGGAAAUGACGGAGAAUGCGCUUCUGUCAGAGAUCACGAAAAUAAGGGACGGAAUAUUAGAUCUCGAACUUGGCGACAAGCAGCUCAGUGAUUCACUCUCUAAAAACGGUCUUUCGUCGGAGCGUGUUAAAUUUGUCGAUUGGUAUAUCCCACCAUCGGCCGAUGGCGCCAAAGGCCGGAUAGUCCUCUUCGUCAGGCACUUAGAUGGCCAUACUCAGGCGAAACGGUUGUCUGUUUCGGCGCCCGACGUCAAAGACUGGGUUAGAAGGGCUUUCACAUAUCCGGACAUGGCCGCACCACCGCUAAGCAAAAAGACGGGCAACCGUUUUCUCAAGAGUAUGAACGGCCUUGUUGAAGGAUUAUCAGAGCUGACAUGCGAAGGUGAUUUAUUGAUACUCUCUCCCUCUGGACCAUUGAACAAUGUACCGCUGCAUGCGUUGACUGUUGGAGACGAGGCUCUGGUCGUCCGGAACUUGGUGGUGUACUCGUCGAGCAUCGCGACAAUGGGUCAAUGUCUGAACCGAAUGCACUCCAGGGAAAGGUCGUCGCCACAAGGAGAACCAACUGACCGAUCAUCACCCGAUACUUAUCCAGCUAGAUUCUUCGCAGUGUACGAAGAGCCGCAAAAAGUAUCAGAACGAGACUUGAUCUUCAGUCAUAUCAAGAAAUUGGCGUCCGAAUUUCCAGGGGAAGUCUCACUGGGGUCCGAUGUCACAAGAUCUCAUUUCCUCCAGCAGUGCCCGAAGACAAGAUGGGUUCACUACCACGGACACGCCCAAUAUGCCAAGGACGACGUCCUCAAGUCGGCCCUUGUCUUGAGUGACGGCCGGGACGUGUUUGCCAGCGACCAGGACGGUGAAGAAGAGGUUGAUUCAGGGACAGAACUGCUCAACGUUUCGGAUCUCUUCAACGCAGAACUGCCGCUCGGUGGCGUUCACUUCACCAUCAUCGCCUGCGACUCUGCAACGCAGGAGAUCGCGCCUGGGGACGAGCCGCUGGGGAUAAUCCCAGCCCUGGUGUACGCUGGUGCCACGUCGGUUCUCGGUUGCAUCUGGCCGAUUGACAGUCGAGCUGGUCGAGCUUUUAGCGAUAAUUUCUACAAAGAGCUUGCUCUCGGUGGGGAAGAGUGUGGGGGCGAUGGCGACGAGGUUGUCCACCUGGUCCAAGCGCUAAGGAGCACGGUAUUGAAAAUGAAGAACGGGCAGCUAGGGAUGGAGUUCAGGCAGCCUUACUAUUGGGCGUCUUUUAUGCUAUAUGGGCUGUGGUACUCUUUGAGGUAG